GGGUCGUCCAUAUUGUUUUUGUUGUUAAAAAUCUUUACAAUAUAGACUUGUUUAAAUUUGGAUUAAUAAAAAAUUAUCAAUUUUUUCAAGUGUCAUACAAUUGGGGUUAUAAUAAAAAUUGAAAUAAUGUCACAAUUAUUGAUUAUACCUAAUUUUGUCGGCCAACGAAAUCUAUGAAAUUUUGUUCUAAGAAAAUGCAUAAUAGACAUUCAAUGUACUAAGUAUUCUGCUUAAAAUAAGUAUCCAAAGAUGGAUUUUAGAUUAUGGAUGUGGUGUUUAUGUUGCACUCUAGUUUUAGUUACUUUAUGUAAUAGUGCAAGUCGGCAUGUCCCAGUUCCUAUCACAAAAUGUGAAUUUUACAAUCGAACAUUGUGUGGCUCAUCACAUGGAUUGAAUGGCUGUGGAAAUGUUACACAAGAAUGCACACCUGCUGAAAAUGACAAACCAUCUUCUUGUUUUGCAGUAUGGACUAAUAAUACCAAGACAAAUGAACUAACUAUUGAACUAAAGGGUUGUUUUUUGAAUAAUGUUGAGUGUCAUGGUCAGAAACAAUGCAAAGCCAAAAAAGAAGAAAUUAAACCAAAUGGAUACAUGUUUUGUUGUUGUGAAGGUGAUUUAUGUAAUAGAGAACUUUUGUGGGAGCCUGUACCUACGAUUCCUAAAAUUGAACCUUCUGCUAAACCAAUCCAUGAUGAUGAUGAAUUAAUUAACACUGUAGUAUUUUCUACAAUACCCUUAGUAGCAGUAGCAAGUAUGUUUUUAUUUGUAUAUUGGGUAUAUAAACGAAGAAAAAUACCACAGUUCUCACAUGUUCCAUCUUCUGAUAGUUCACAAUUGGGUAACUGUUCUCCAGUACUCGGGAACCGUCCUAUCCAAUUAGUUGAAGUUAAAGCACGUGGUCGCUAUGGAGCAGUAUGGAAGGCACUUCACAAAAAAGAUGCAGUCGCAGUCAAAAUAUUCCCUCUACAGGACAAAAAUUCAUGGUUAGUAGAGCAAGAUAUUUAUCAAUUGCCUCAUAUGCAACAUGACAAUAUAUUAUCUUUCAUUGGAGCUGAAAAACAUGCUAGUGCUAUUGAAGGAGCUAAAAAUGAAUAUUGGCUCAUUACAGCUUAUCAUGAUUAUGGAUCACUUUGUGAUUAUUUGAAAUCUAAUGUAUUAACGUGGGAUCAACUUUGCCAUAUUGCUCAAUCUAUGGCUAGAGGUUUAAUGCACUUACAUGAAGAGAUACCUUCAGAGCGUAUUGAUCAAUAUAAACCUGCUAUUGCUCAUAGAGACUUCAAAAGUAAUAAUGUUCUACUUAAACAUGAUUUAACAGCAUGCAUUGCAGAUUUUGGUCUUGCUUUGGUGUUCCAACCUGGAAAAUCAUGUGGGGACACACAUGGCCAAGUUGGUACUAGAAGAUAUAUGGCACCCGAAGUAUUAGAGGGAGCUAUCAACUUUUCAAGAGAUGCAUUUUUAAGAAUAGAUAUGUAUGCGUGUGGAUUAGUACUUUGGGAAUUAGCUACAAGAUGCACAGCUCAACAAGGAACAAUUCCUGACUAUCGUCUACCUUUUGAAGAAGAAGUUGGUCAACAUCCUUCUUUAGAAGAUAUGCAAGAAUGUGUAGUACACAAAAAACUAAGACCUGCAUUCAAAGAUAAUUGGAAAUCUCAUCCAGGAUUAAUUGCUCUAUGUGAUACUAUGGAAGAAUGUUGGGAUCAUGAUGCAGAAGCAAGAUUAUCAGCUUCUUGUGUAAUGGAACGUAUCACAUGGCAAUGUCGUCGUUAUAAUAGCACAACUACAUCGUCUUUUGGCCCAACAACACCUUCAUCUAAUAUAAUUAAUUUAUCUUCAACUAAAAUAAUAGUACAAAAAAAUAACCCUAACUGGGACUAAGUUAAAAGAGCUGAGAACAAUUUUCACUCUGUUAGAUCUGCAACCGACUAUUGUACCAAUAUUCUAGUUAUAUUGUUAAAUUAAUUCAAUACACUGAUUGUUUUAGCUGUGUUUGAUGUACCAAAUCUUAAGGUAUAUUUUUGCGCCAUUAUUUUUAUUUCUAAAUAGGAUUUUUCUAAGAUUUCAAGUUAAGAAAUGAUAUAUUUAAUUCUUUUUUACUAAGUUGUUAGAAGUGAUAA